AUGGACGGACAAACGUUAAACUCACCCACUUCUCCCAUUAUGUCGCCAGAGGCAGUUAACAUGACAUAUACUCAAGCUUUCCUGAACGCACGCCCAAAAGAGGCUUUUGAUGCGAUUCAACUAAGAUUAAGAAAGGCUAAACAGCUAAAUGACGAAUUAGCUUUAUAUUUCAGUGAAAGAGCUGCGAUUGAGGACGCUUAUGUAAAAAGUCUUCAAAGAUUAUCAUCAAAAAGACAUUUAAUAGCCGACAGGUCAAUCUUGGGUGCUUUCUCGAAUGUUUGGGAUCCACUUUUUCAUGAAAUUGCCGAAAUAUCAAACAUACACUCCUUAUUUGUCGAUAGAAUCUCUGAAGAAGUUGAAACUCCUAUACGCGGAAUAACUACAUCUGAAGACUGGUCGCAACUAAAAAAUGUAUCGAAAGAUCACGAGGAGAGGCUUCUGAAAGUUAACAAGCUCAAAUCUAAGAACGAAAAACUCUCAGGGAAAAAACACGAAGCUUCUGAGAUGAAGCUUAAGGAAGUUCAGAAAGCUCUAGACAAUCUUCAGAAUGAAUGGUUGCAAGAAGCGCCGCAUAUAUUAGAAAAAUACCAAUCAGUUGAUGAAACGCGUCUUACUAAUCUUAAAGAGAGCAUUGCGCGCUUUGAAACUAUACAAGUUGAAACCUGUCAAAAAAGAAUAGAGUCUUCUAAUAUUUCUGUCACAACAACAAACCACAAUAACUCAAAAAUAAUAAGAGCCGCUAUUGGUACAAUACGGCGUAAGAGAACAGCAUCAUCCAACAAUUCCUCAGAAAUGACAAGUCAUAUAAAACUCGAGGGAGGUGAAGAGUUUAAUACUAUGCCACACCAUACCGAUAACCAUUUUCAUCAACCAGAAAAUUCUUCCACGUUAGCCGAUAGUUCAAUACCAAAAGUGGUUGUCGAUAGUGAUGCCCCUCCUCCGGAUUUAAGUUCAUAUGAAUUUUCAGGUGAUGAAGAUUCUGAUACAAAACCAGAAGCAAUGAGAAUUCACGUUGAAAUCAAGAAUGAAGCCAUUCCUGAAAAUAAUGAAGAGGCAGCAGAAACUGCUAUUCAGCAGGUUACUAAUACCUUGAGAUCGCAAAGCACUCUGAGCUUGGGUCGGAAUCGUCGUGGACGAAGAGAAAGUCAAUAUAGGAGGAGGACUAUUCUCGAUUCUGAUAACAUCGGUAAUGGUGUUUUCUCUGAUUCCCCUAUUGAAACACGACCAGCCGUAACUCCGGAAAUGAGUAGCUCGACAUCUUCACCGACUUCAUUGACAUCUUCGGAAGCUAAUUAUCGGGGACAGCCUAAUUCUUCAAAAAUUUCGCAAGGAUUGCGUGCAACCAUUUCUGAGGUGUUGAAUGUUAUCCUCAAAGGCGGCGAAGUGGCAAAAAUAUCAAUAACGGGAGAAAUAAGUCUUGUCUCAAAUCGCAAUAUUAUCCAACCUAUAAAACUCAAAGUAACAAACUUUUCCAUGCUGGAUAAAACUGCGCCAAAUGCAUCGUAUAUUAAUCCAAGCACAUCAGGCGAAGCGGGUGAAUACGAAGUUAACACGGAAAUGCUGGCCCUUACAGGCGGUGCACCAGUCGUAAUCAUGAAAUAUCAAGUGCACAUAGAUCCGGAUCAUAAGAACGAAUAUGUGCCAAUUUCAAUUAUUCCACAGUGGAAAUGUGAACCAAACAAAACAGCUUUUGCAAUAAAUUAUCAGCCAAACUCUCAUUUUAAGUUCUCUGGGACUCUUUCAGAUCUUUCAUUUUUGAUACCAGUUGACGGCGAAGUAGUUGGAAACGCUGCCUACUCUAAUCCGACUGGUAUUUGGAACGGUGAAAAACAGAGAAUUUUAUGGCAGAUUGGCGACUUUGAUCUUUCCUCUACUGAAAGCAAACGUCUUUUGGCACGGUUUGACACUAAAAAGAAUUCAAACCCAGCCCCGGCUGCGGUAAAAUUCACUUAUAAGGGACAAUUGCUGAGCAAUAUUUCUUUGGAAGCUAAAGUAACAUGCCAGGUGGUAAGUGGUAAAUACCUCGCCUCGCAAUGA